AUGUCAGCCAGGGAUUCUUUUCGGAAAGCCCUGGAAGUGGAGAGCUACCACACAAGGUUCAGUGCCUGGACACCUUUUAGCAACGCCUCAUUAAAUAGACAGCUUUUUCAGGAAAGAGUUGCUCUUAUAAGUCAUUGGUUUGACCUCUGGACUAACAAGCAACGUCAAGAAUUCUUAUUCGCAAUUUUUUUACGAUGCAGUAAAUCACAAUUAAGGUUUGUCCAAGACUGGUUUUCAGAAAGGAAGCAAGUAGCCAGAGUGGAUUUCUGUGCAGCGUUACCACGUGUCCUGUCUCUGCACGUUUUCUCCUUUCUGAAUCCAAAAGAUUUGUGUGCAGCUGCGCAAGUCAGCUGGUUCUGGAAGUUUUUAACUGAACAGGAUUGCUUAUGGAUGCCCAAAUGCAUUAAGUUUGGAUGGUUUUUGCCCUAUACUCCAACAGAUAAUGAGUUUGGGGCUUGGAAGCACCAUUAUAUUGCCUGUGUGUCCAACUUAGAUUGGCUGACACCUAGGGAAGCUGGGGCUAUUUAUGGGACACUGAAUGAACCCAAAACAGAAGAUGAAGAGCUAGUGGAGAGACAACGAGAAAAGUGCCUCAGAAGAAUGAUUUGGGGAGAAAUUGUACUACGUGAGAAGGAGUUAUUCAAAGUUCGACCCCCUUGGGUGAGUGGGACAUGUUGCUCUAGUUUGUUAAAACCCAAAUGCCAGCCUCGCCUCGCCCGAACUGUGAGAGAACGAGUGGGAUUACACGAAGCUUUGGAGAAACAACUUGUUUUGACAUCGUUAGAAGCCUUGCCCAAGCGAAGCAAUAUUUCUGGAAGACAUUCCUACCCUUUAUUAUCAAAGAAAAAUUGGUGUGGAGUUUAUAAAAGUGAUGAUAGCUCUUCAUAUUCUUUCCAUCCACAUGUCAUAUUAAUAUCAUCUCACGUUCCUGCAUAUGAGAUGGUGGUGGAAAGCGUUAAGCCUGGCGUCAUUUCUGUGGUGUACGAACACAGUGGCAUAACCUUGGAGAGCCUGCUUUAUCUCAUAGAAAAAGCACUGGAUGGGCGGAAGGCACAGAGCAUGGGAAUAUUUAGCGAUGGAGAUAGCAGAGACAUCAAUUUACUCCAAGGCUAUAAAAUUGGUAUUAAGAAUUUGCUGACGCCUGAAGUGAGAAAUUUCUGGGAGAAAUUAGGAAGCUUUGUGGCUACUGAAGAAGAAGAGGGUCAUGUGGAUAUCUUUGUGCCCCUUGGAGCUUCAGAGGCAGGAAUGGAAGUUCUUUCUCAGCUGUCUCAACUAACUGGCACAUUCUUUACCGCCCCCACUGGGAUUGCAACUGGCUCUUACCAACACAUUCUCAGUGACUGGCUGGGACCCCCGUGGGGAAGGGCACCUCCUUCACUCUACUUCACCCAGCCGAAGCUGCAGACGUGGUCCAGCCUCACAGACUUCCUGGAAGACACCUUGAGAUCGGUAAGGAAACAGCUUCGUCCUCUCUUCAAGGAGCUGCGGGAGAGCAUCAGUGGCAGGAUGAUAGGGCAGUUUAUGUUUGACACCAUGAGUAUGGCCCACAUUCUGCAUAACCGAGAAAUUGUACAAGCUCUGGCAGAUGGUCUGAUGGAGCUGUCAAAAGAAGAUUCUGACAGACCUCUGGAAUUUUUGUCAUAUUUUCUGCUGAAGAAAUGUGAUAAAAAGAGCGAAGAUUUGGAAGGAAAUGUUAUUCUGACAAAAUGUGAACCAAAGGCAACAUUCAAUUUACUGGCGAAGCAAACAAAUGUCACAGAAGACAAUUCUCAGGACACAAAGUCAAGUCUUAGCAAAAAUGAUUUAAAUCUGGAAGUGCUGGUGAAACUGGAGAGGAAACUCCAGAUGGACUCAGCAGAAAAGCGAACUAGAGUUGUCAGGGAACUCUUACAGAGUGAGAGGAAAUAUGUGCAGAUGCUGGGAAUUCUGCGAGAUGUUUAUGUGAAGCCCCUGAAAGCAGCACUGUCAUCAAACAGAGCAAUUCUGAGUGCUGUCAAUAUCCAGAUCAUUUUCUCUGAUGUUCUGCAGAUUUUAAGUCUCAACAGGUGGUUUCUAGAUAACCUGAGAGACAGACUACAGGAGUGGGGCCCCGCUCAUUGUGUGGGAGACGUAGUCCUAAAGUUCGGAAGGCAGUUGAACACAUACACCAAUUUCUUCAACAAUUACCCUGUUGUUCUGAAAACUAUACAGAAGUGCAGAGAAAUGACACCAGCGUUCCGAGCUUUCCUGAAGAGACAUGAUAAGACUAUUGUUACCAAAAUGCUGAGCCUGCCGGAGCUGCUUUUGUACCCAUCCCGAAGAUUUGAAGAAUAUAUUAAUCUUCUCUAUGCCCUGAGGCUCCACACUCCUGCAGAACAUGUUGACCGUGAGGACCUGACCACUGCAGUUGACCAAAUCAAAAAAUACAAAGGUUAUAUAGAUCAGAUGAAGCAAAACAUCAGAAUGAAGGAUCAGCUGUUGGAUGUGCAGAGAAUCAUCAAGGGGUGCCCCGCUCUGUCAGAAGCGAAAAGGUAUCUGAUUAGGGUCCAAGAAGUAGCCCAACUUCACUGCUGUGAUGAGGAAAUAAGUUUCUCUUUAAGGCUCUAUGAACACAUCCGUGACCUCAGCCUUUUCCUCUUCAAUGAUGCAUUGCUUGUUUCUAGUCAGGACACAUCUCUGACUCCAUUUGAAAGGACUUCAAAAACCACCUACCAGUUCAUUGCUUCAGUGGCCCUUCAUAGGAUAUUUGUAGAAGAUAUUCCAGAUUCCAAGUAUGUCAAGAAUGCAUUUAUUCUUCAAGGUCCAAAACACGAAUGGAUUUGUGCUACAGAGGCAGAGCAAGACAAGUUCUUAUGGUUGUCAGCACUACAAAAUGCAAUCAAAAGUAGUAUGGAGAAGUGACACCAAACUUAAAGGAAACAUCAGGGGUGCCAAUUCUCCCUGUUCCAGGAUAUCCAGUAAGAAAUUAUUGGUCAUGGAUGAUGAGUGGACAACCAGGACAACCUAUAAGCUCCUUCCAACUUCAAAACUUUAUCAUCUAUGCUCACUUACAUAGAAUACAUUGUAAAAACAAUCUGAGUCCAAAAUUUUAAACCAGUUCUUUUGGCAGUUUUAUCUCAUGGAUAAUAUUAGACUGAUGUGACUUAUGUAAUGAAACCUAAGACAGAGCAAGCAUAUUGUAUAAAUUUUGUUUUAUAACCUAAUAAAAAAUAAAAGCAGAAUUUAGUGUUUUUUCUUAAAUGACGAGUCUAGAAAAGUAUUUUGUUAAUUAUUUACCAAUCAUCUUUAAUGAUAAUAAAAUAAUUAUUAAUUAAAAAUAUGUGUAAGGGCUUGGUGCCCAUAGCUCAGCGGUUAGGGUGCCGGCCACAUACACCAGGGCUGGCAGGUUCGAACCUGGCCUGGGCCUGCCAAACACCAAUGACAACUUCAACAAAAAAACCGCAGGGCGUUGUGGUGGGUGCCUGUAGUCUCAGCUACUUGGGAGGCCGAGGCAAGAGAAUCGCUUAAGCCCAAGAGUUGGAGGUUGCUGUGAGCUGUGACACCACAGCACUUUACCAAUAGAGACUCUGUCUCAAAAAAAAAAAAAAAGAAAAAAAAAAGUGUAAGAAACACAAAUGGCACUCUAUAGGAUAUAAAGUUUGUGUGCAAUUUACUAUGUUAAACUAUUUUAAAUUACGCACAAACGUUAUGUCCACCCUGUAUAUUCUUAACAUAGACCACUACAAAGUACUAAAAGUUUUUUUGUAAUUUUAAGUGGGGUUUUUUUUUGGGGGGGGGAGGGUAGCAAAAAUAAAUUCUUACAUCUUCCAAAAAAGCAGUGAUAAAAAUAUUUGUGAGGUUAUUAAAUUAGAAAGCAACUGAAAAAAAGCAAUGUUUAAAGAGCAAAAAUAAAUGGAAAACUAUCAAAACUGGCUGAGUAAUAAUUUAAAAAAGACAGCUCUGUUUAAAAUAAAGAAAUAGCAAAAUAGGUGCUGAGUCGAUUCCUAGGCCUUUAAAAGUUUCAUUUGGUUAUUUAAUAAACUGAAGCCAUAGUUAGCCAUUUGGACAUUUUAGGUGAUAUGUGCAAAAGUUUUAUCAGUAUUGAAAGCUUUAGGCUUUCCUUUCUGCUUCAUAUUCUCAUUUAAGGUAAUACAAUUGACUGGUUCAAUCUAAGACUGUGAACCCAAGCUACUUAAAUAUUUUCUUCGUUUAGCAAUGAAAACAUAAAUUCCUUCUAAUCUUACUUUUUUAAAAUUCAAAAUAAUAUUUUAAAAUACAAAUUUCUAAUUCUUAAACAUUUAAAUUAUUGUUUUUUAAAAAUGUACAAAAAUUAAAGUAUUAAGUUUUAUCAGUGUAAAAUAACACGUAUGGUUCUGCUAAGAUAUAUCCAUGUAGUUUAACAUCUAUGAUCCUACAGACAGAAUACAUCUUAACAGGAAUAUGUGCUGUUAGUUAGCAAUGAAUACAAAUUUACAAACAUAUCAAAAUGUACAUAUCAUGUAAAACAAAUUCUGAAAUGGUAUAUUAUCUUGAGGAGGGCACACUCCAGAAAACACUCUGUUAAUAGGAAAAAUCUGUCUUCCAUCUGGACCAAAAAAAAAAAAAAGUGACAAGAAAGCUGAAGAUAAAUUAGAAAUCAUAAGAAAUUUUCAUUUAUUCUGUGAAUAGUGAUAUCCUCAGAAGUUUUUAAACAUUUAUUCUGUGAAUAGUGAUAUCUUCAGAAGUUUUUAAACACGUUACUUGAAAAUAAUCUCUGUAGACUGACAGAGUUAAUGGAGAAUUAAGUGCACAAAUCAUGCAAAAGUGAUUUUCCAAGUUGACAGUACUUACGUAGGAGACUCAUACUUUCCCUUUACUGUGAGGGACAAUUAAGAAAGCCCUAUCUUCUUAGCUACUUCAUAAGUUUAUGUGACUGCUGCUGAAUUAAAAUCUCCCACAAAAUAAUUCUAAGUCACUGAUGAAGCUGAUCAAAUAUUCACAAAGAAAAUAUAAAAUCUGACAAGCUUUAUUAUUUGUCACAGUUGCCAUAUAAAAGAGAUCUCAAAGUACCAAGUGACUCCUAAACAAUACUGAUUACUGCAGAGAAGAAGACUUUCCUAGUAAAUUUCUUACAGUGAAAACAGCCUUAUCCAAUAUUAUUCUUUAAAACCAAAAACUAAAUAGGAAACUCAUUUUAAAGAUGUUUACAGAACAGAUACAGAUGCUUUAUGCAAAAAUAUUAAACCUAAAAAGAGGACAAACAGACUAUGUUUCCUUUUUGCAAAGAUUUCUUAG